CGAUCAAAGGAGCUAAGUCCUUCCGAAGGAUAUGUGAGUGUUUUUAUUGGUUGUUGCAUCAGUUUGUUUCUUUUCAAUCAUAGAGCGAUAGUGAUUGUGAUGGUGUGAUGGAGAUGGCAUUGGGAAACGGAACUGUUUCGGACGACAAUGUCCAAUUUUUCAACGCACAAGUUUCUGGUCAAACCAUAACGACAAUCACACUUCAAUGGAAUCAAGUUCCCAACUCGGAUGUCUAUGAAAUUGAAAAAUACAGUAAGAAGCUCGGCUGGCACAGAGUGUCCUGGACGAGUGCGUGCAGGACCACAAUUGAACAGCUGGAUGAUAACUUUGCAUAUCGAUUUCAUAUUAAAGCCCUUAAACUUUCCCCAAACCCCACCACCACCAACAAAAUUACAAUCACCGGCGAAGAUGAAGACAAAGAAGAUGAGAACGAAGAAGAGUCCUUUGAUGAACAUCCAAGAGAAUUUAUUACGGUUGGCUUGUCCGAGGAAAUUGUGGGAAUGACACUCUCAACUCCUCCUUCAACCAUGUGCCUGCACCGGGCCAUUAAGAAGGGUCAACAAUUCCUGAUCAAGAGGAUCCUUCGACAGCGUCCCAGCCUGAUUGAUUACCCCGCACAGAAUGGAUACCUUCCAUUGGCCAAUGCCAUUACAAUGGGUGAAAUAUGCAUUAUUGACAUUAUCCUGACGGCCGGGGCAAGUGUGCACAAUGGGAAUCCCUCAAACGGUCGCACACCGUUGCAUCUGGCAUUCUUUUAUGGACACCUGCCAGUGGCACGAAUCCUGCUGAACAAGAAGGCCGACAUAAAUGUCAAGGAUAACAAUGGCGUGACACCCUGCCAUUGUGCUGUCGAUGCAAACCAAUAUGACAUUUUGAGAUUCGCACUUGACAAUGGAGCCGACAUCGAAGCGGUGGAUGAUAUGUCAGGAUGGACUCUGCUUUUGAGAGCAGUGGGAAUGCAUUCGGAUUUGAUGAUUAUCAAGUUGUUGCAUCAGCAAGGAUCAAAUCUCAAGGCUCUGGAUGUGAAUGGCCUCAAUUGUAUGGAAUUGGCACGUUUGUUUGGAAAUAAUGAAGCAUUCAAAUAUUUUGAGAAUUGUGGAUGUGGAAACACUUGAUUUAUAGAAAAGUUUUAAUUUUAAUUUGUAUACGAAGAGAACAUGUUUUCAAA